UGAACCCCCGCCCCAGGAGUCACGUGGGCGGCGGAAGAAGCGCUUCCUUCCGGGUCAGCCUAGGAAUCGCCGAGAAUCCCUCGUGUUCGCCCUGUAUCACUGCCGCGCCUUCUGGCCAAAUUCUCUGGAAGCUUUUUUUGGGUGUGGGGGGGGGGGCUCCCCUGAGCCCCUAACUUCCCAAUCUCGUUUCUCUUUCUUUUCCCACCCUUCCUGGAGGCGGCAACUUCCGAGAUGAGCUCCCAGAAAGGGAACGUGACCCGGACCAGACCUCAGAGGCACCAGAAUGCAUUUAGCUUCAAAAACGACAAGUUCGAUACUAGUAUUCAGACCAAGAGAAUAAAUGCAAAGCUUCAUGAUGGCGUAUGUCAACGUUGUAAAGAAGUUCUGGAGUGGCGGGUAAAAUACAGCAAGUACAAACCACUAUCAAAACCUAAAAAAUGACUAAAUCAGAUGUUUUAAUGUGAGGCAAAAGACAACUACUGACCUAUUGCUGAGAUCACCACAUCUAAAUAAAAAAGGUAAUUAGUAGGAACAGCAAUGUUUUAUAACUAUCUUUAUCAGGGAAUUUUGAUGUGCAGUCAAAGAUUUUUAUUAUUCAAUAAAAUAAAUAUUUUUUUGAAAGUUCAUCUUAUUAUUCUUAUUAGCUAGUUGUAGUUGCUGUUGAUAUGUCUGUUAUGUAUUGGCAAAUAGUGAAAUACUGAGUAAAAAUACUGUCUCCUGCCAUAAGUAAGCAAAUGAAAAUAUGUCAUCACAGAGUAAAUAUCUGGCCUUCGGUUUCUAGCUUUCCUAUUAAGUUGACUUAAUUUGUGAUAGCUCUCAUCUCCAUUUCUAUAUCAUCUCUAAGUAAUUGGUAUCAGAGUGAAUAUAGUGCUGGAUUUGGAGUUGGGAAUGCUUAGUUUGACUCCUGCCUCAGGUACUUAUAGGUUAUGCUCCCCUCUAUACAAGGGAGACAAAACUUCCUCAUAUCCUUCUGAAUUAUCUUAAGCUAGAAAACUGUUUCACUCCAUAUUUUUGUCACUCAGAAUCUGUUUCAAGAAUUGAUUUAUCAUUGUUUCCAUGGGGAAACUGGGAAACAUUCUGACUCUGGGCAGGUCACUGAACUUGCUAGCCUCAGUUUCCUUUCUGUAAAAUGGGUGUAAUAAUAGUAUCUAUUUUGUAGGACUGUUAUGAUGAGCAAAUGAAACAAUCUUAGUAAUACAUUUUGCAAACUUUAAUGCAUUAUUAAAUGUUAUCUUUGAUGGUCAGUAACUGUAUCUAUAUUUGUCAUAUGUGUAGCUUUGUGUAUUUGUAACUUUUGAUAUUGAAUGAAAAGGGAGGCCAUGAUGAUUCAUAGACUGUGAGGUUAUAAUCCAUCAGUGAAGAGUAUCCCCACAUUGAUUAAAUUACAAGACUUAUUUAGUAUGGGUAUAUGUAGAGAAAAAGUAUGAAUGCAUUGAAUUUGGAAUCAAAGAUCUUGGGUCCAAAUAUUGCCUUAUUUUAUUUCCCAGAAAAACUUGACAGAUCAUUUAACUUCUCAUGUUAUAGAAGAUGGGAAAUGGCUAAAUAAACUGUGAUGUUUUAUUGUAAUGGAAUAUUAUUGGACUAUGAGAAAUGAAAAGCAGGAAGAUCUCAGAAAAAUCUAGAAAGACUUGUCAACUAAUGCAUAAAAAAGUGAACAACCAAGAGAAUGUUGUACACAAUAACAGCAAUAAUGUUUGAUGAAGAACUGUAAAUGGCAGCUAUUCUCAUUAAUACAAUCCCAAAGGACUAAUAUUUAUGCAUACUACUGAUCUCCAGAGAAAGAAAUUAUAUUGUUUGAAGAUAUAUUGAAUCAUGCUGUUUUUCACUUUCCUUUUCUUUUUUUAUUUGAAUGUAUAUGUAGAAAAUGACUAAUAUAGAAAUAUUUUAGAGGAUUGAACAUGUAUAAUAACCCAUAUCUGAUUGCUUGAUGGGGAGAGAGGGUUAGAAUUUGGAAUUCAAAACUUUAAAUAAAAAUGUGGAAAAUUAG